CAGUUUCAACACCGACAAAUGCAGAAUCAGAUAUUGCAGCAGAAGCAACAACAACUACUUCAGCAGCAGCACCAGCAACAGCAGCAGCAACAACAGCAGCAGCAACAGCAGCAACAGCAACAGCAAUUACAGCAGCAAACAAAGCAGCAGCUGACUGGACAGCUGCCACCACACCAGCAGCAAAUGCCUCAGCUUCAUCAAGUUAAUGAUGACUUGAAGAUGAGACAGAGUCUGGGUGUUAAGUCGGGGGUCUUUCCACAACAUGUCUCAUCUGGUCAGCGUCCUUCUUAUCCUCAUCAACCAUUGAAAUCAGGAUCUCCAUUUCCUAUCCCUUCAAAUCAACUCCUUCAGGCUGCAUCUCCUCAAAUACUACAGCAUUCUUCUCCACAGGUUGACCAGCAAAACCUGCUCACAUCUCUCACAAAAGCAGGAACUCCUUUGCAAUCUGCCAACUCACCUUUUGUUGUCCCAUCACCUUCAACUCCCUUGGCACCAUCCCCUAUGCCUGACCCUGAAAAACCCAUGUCAGGUGUUUCCUCACUUUCAAAUACUGGAAAUAUUGGACAGCAACAAACUGCAAAUGUUGGUGUAACAGCCUCCUCUAUUGCCAUUGGCACUCCUGGAAUAUCAGCUUCCCCUCUGCUAGCGGAGUAUAGUGGUCCAGAUGGCACUCAUGGUAAUACUUUAGCAUCUGUUUCUGGCAAGUCAACCAUUACAGAGCAGCCUCUCGAACGUUUGAUCAAAGCGGUAAAAUCAAUGUCACAAAAGGCAUUAUGUGCCUCUGUCAGUGACAUUGGCUCAGUUGUAUGCAUGACUGAUAGGAUAGCAGGAUCAGCGCCGGGUAAUGGAUCUAGAGCUGCAGUUGGUGAAGAUUUGGUUGCCUUGACAUCGUGUCGUCUGCAAGCAAGAAAUUUUAUCACUCAGGAUGCAACAAAUGGGACAAGGAAAAUGAGGCGCUAUACGAGUGCCAUGCCCUUAAAUGUCGUGUCAUCGGCUGGUAGCAUAAAUGAUAGUUUUAAGCAGUUGAAUGGUUCAGAAACAUCUGACCUGGAGUCUACAGCAACAUCUGGUGUCAAGAGGCCUAGGAUUGAGGCUAAUCAUGCCCUUUUAGAAGAAAUAAGGGAAAUAAAUCAGCGACUCAUAGACACGGUUGUUGAUAUUAGUGAUGAAGAUGUUGAUCCAAGUGCUGCUGCUGCUGGUGCUGUUGAAGGGGGUGAAGGCACCAUUGUCAAGUGCUCUUUCAGUGCCGUGGCUCUUAGUCCCAACUUGAAAUCUCAGUAUGCUUCAGCUCAAAUGUCACCAAUUCAACCUUUAAGAUUGCUUGUUCCCACAAAUUAUCCCAACUGCUCUCCAAUACUCUUGGACAAAUUUCCUGUUGAAGUCAGCAAGGAAUAUGAAGAUAUUUCAGUAAAAGCCAAGUCAAGGUUUAGCAUAUCUCUACGGAGCCUUUCGCAGCCAAUGCCGCUGGGUGAGAUAGCAAGGACUUGGGAUGUUUGUGCUCGAGCUGUUAUUUCGGAGCAUGCGCAGCAGAGUGGUGGAGGCAGCUUAAAAUAUGGAACUUGGGAGAACUGUUUGAGCGCUGCUUAAUCAUCUCUCAAACAAAAUUUUCAUGUUUUGUAAUAACAAUUUACUUUUUGUAUCUAUUGUUCGAACUUUUCUUUUUCGUUUGAUUACAUUAAUCCGUGAUUUAAUAGAUAUUUAAAAGGUAUGUAUUAAUGUGUAUAAAAGUCAUGUUAAUUGGAUGGACCGUACCGAUAUUAGUUAAGCCAGUUUAGUUUGACAUCAAAAA